CUCUUGCACUAUCCAGACAAACCUCCACAUUGAAACCUGAAACUGCAGAGGCUGCACAGUUCCCCAAUCAGUCACAUGCACUCUGCGCUCCCUCUAACUUUACCUCUUGCAAACUGGUUUCAGUCACCAUUCCGCCAGAGGGGAUUUGACCAGAGAAACGUCUUCCACACUGAAUGGUAUGCUGGGAGUGCAACUUGAGACCCAAGUAAGCCCAGGGUCAAGUAACAUUUCAGAUCCUGAGAGGAAACCAUGCACCCAGAAGUCUUACAUCCCAUCAGCCUGUGUGUGGUGUUUUACAUCAGCAGAAGCUUGGCCACACAACCACCUCUUUAUAGUCCUCUGGAGGGAAGUACAGAUGAGGAAGAGCUUAGUUACAUAAAUUCAUCUGUUCAUCCCAGAGUCCACCCAAUUGAGUACCAAACCACACCACCAGAACCAUCCCAAGAACAAAGAAACUUACCAACAGAGUUCAAAAACGUCCUGGAGGAGAACAUGCUCCUCAUCCUUGUUUCAAACGCCCUCGUUUUUCUUGUUUUCCUCAUUACCUGUGGAGCAUUUUUCAUGAGCCGCAGGCUCAAAGUUAAUUCCUACCACCCCUGCUCCUUCCCCUCAAAAAUGUAUGUGGACCAUCAGGAUAAGACCGGAGGCACCAAGCCCUUUAACGAAGUGCAAGGCAAAGCUGUUCCUGAGCUGGAAAUGGAGCCAGUGGACUCUAACAAGCAGCUCCAGGCUGAGAUCUUGAGAGCUGCAAGCAGCUUACGUACGCCAAAUAAAUGUGCUCAGGCUGCAGAAAGAAGUGAAGCCAGUCAGAAAGCAGCAGACCACAGUCCUGAAGAUGGCUUUAAACUAGAGUAUAGCAUUCUGGACCAGCAGCUACCAACUCUGCCUGAGGAGGAGCUGUGUGAGGUUUGUGACAGUAGAGAAGCUGAUGCAGCAAGUUCUGAGCUGGAUCAUCCUGAGCCAAGUCAUCUGGGAGACGUGUAUUCAGAAGAGCCUCCGAAUGGAAGGAGUCUCCGGCCGUCCUCUCUGCACAUUCACAAUGAAACUGCCACACUUCAGCUGAUUGCAGGAGAGAAAACUGCCUUCUAAUCACUAUUACCUGCAGGUUUAAUGACACAAGAACUUACACAGAGAUGCUUUAGCAACAUUUCAUUGUGAUCAUAAUGUAUUGUUUUGCAAGGGAAACAUUUAAGAAAUAUAUUUUAGGAGAGCUUAAAGGUCUUUAACCAUAGUGCUAGGAACUUUUAUCAAAAAACUAAAACUAUGGCUGUAUUGCCUUCAUACAUGUGAUCUACAUUGCUUUGUAAAAGCAGUCUUGGCCUUGAACUUUUUCAUUUUGUCAAGUUUCAACCACAUUCGUCAAUCUACUUUCCUGAGAUUUAACUGAUAGAUCAACACAAGGUAGUGCAUUAAUUUUAGUCUUUCAAUAUUUUAACUAAUAAAAAUGAGAAAUGUC